AUGCCUUCCCUGGGCGACUUUCUUCACACCCAAUUCGUGCUUAAGAUACCCAAGCCGUCCGCCUCCUUCGCGUCCCAAACUGUCAUCAUCACCGGCGCCAACAGAGGUCUUGGAAAGGAGAUCGCCAAACAUGUCAUACGCCUCGGUGCCAAAAAGGUUAUUUUUGCUUGUCGUAGCUUGGCCAGGGGUCAUGAGGCCAAGUCGGAGAUAGAAACCCUCUUGAAAUGCUCCUCGGAAGUCAUCCAAGUGUGGGAACUCGAUCUCGAGUCAACUUCCUCAAUCAAGAGUUUUGUUGAUCAGGCCAACAUCCUGCCCCGCUUAGAUGUCUUCAUCAGCAAUGCUGGCAUCAGCUCCGGCAGUUUCAAGGUCAUUUAUGGCACCGAGCGCACCCUUGCCGUCAAUGACAUUGGAACUUUCUUGCUUGCGCUGCAGCUAAUUCCAAAGCUCAAGAAGACAGCCCGAGACUACAAGACUACGCCUCAUAUGACUAUCGUAACAUCAGCCCUGUACGAUGUGGCCAAGUAUCCCGAGGAGCAUGGAGAAGACAUUUUUGCCUGGUACAAAGACGAGUCGCACGUAGAUAAAAUGAACCAAUAUAACCUCUCAAAGUUACUGCAGUUGUAUAUAAUCAUAAAGCUUUGUGCUAUAGUCGAUCCGGCCAACACCGACGAACCGAACCCCAUCGUCAUCAACUCUCUCGACCCAUGUUUCUGCAAGACGGGCCUGACAGGAGACCUCAAGGGCUUAAUGAAGGUCCUGUUUAAAGUCUUCGAGUUGAUCACGGCUCGCACUGCUGAGGAGGGCUCCCGCUUGGUAGUGCAGGCCGCAUCGGCGGGAAGAAAGACGCAUGGACUAUACUUACGAGCUGGCGCGGUGCAAAGCUAUGCUCCGAUCGCUCUGGAUGAUAAAAAAGCCACAUAUGUCUGGGAGCUACUCCGCAGGAAGCUUGAGGAUCUGGAACCAGGAAUUAUGCAGAACCUAGAGUGGUCGGAAGUUGUCUUAGAGUCAUCUUAG